AGAACUCGGUGGGAAAAAUAAUUUCGCCCCCCGGGCGCGGCCCCUGUGAAUAUUGUGUCUCGCUCGCUCACAAAUUUUAAAAUUUUAACACCCCAAAAUCUACUGAGAUAUUGUUUGAAAAUUAAUUUGAAAAACACUCCAAGCAGCUUUUUCUAAAGUCUUUGUUUACAAGUACCAUGGCAUAUUCGGUUGUAUUCGAAAGAAUACCACUGACUGGUCAUCACUGGAGAAGACAAGCUCCUCGAGCGAUUUGAUGAAGUCCGCCCUCUAGCGAUUUGAGCAGCACAAAAUAUCUGACAAAACAAAUCGUCUUUCGCUCUUCCUGAAUAUUCGGCUUCUUGUCUUUCAAUGAAGUUUUGAUAGAUUAAGAUGGUGUGCGAGAAAUGUGAAAAGAAACUUGGGAAAGUAGUAACACCAGAUCCAUGGAAAAAAGGAGCAAGGAACACGACAGAGGGAGGAGGAAGGAAAGUAGGUGAAAACAAGCUUCUGACUGCCAAGAAAGCUCGCAUGAAUCCAUACACCAAGGAUUUUAAGAAGUGCAGGAUAUGUAAGCAGUCUGUUCAUCAGAUAGGAUCCCAUUACUGUCAAGCGUGUGCCUACAAAGUUGGUAUCUGUGCAAUGUGUGGAAAGAAGAUAAUUGACACCAAGAACUACAAGCAGUCAUCUGUAUAGCAUCUAUGUAGCCUCUGCAUGGAUUGGUGAGUGUCUUAAAUCAAAAUGUGACUUUGCUGCAACAAGUUGCUGCACAUGUUUUCAGAGAGUCUCCACUCUAUGUCCCACAACAUCAACCAGAACAGUCGGAAGAACGGUGGCGGUGACGACAGCAGCAGCAGACAUAAACAUGGAAAUCUGGUGUACUUCAUGGACACUGCUCAUGUAUGGAUUCCCUAAUGCUGAAAGUGGCAUUCUUCCUUAUAAGUACUUCAUCAGAAAUGAAAUAUGACAAUAAAUGAUUUUUAUGUUAGGACACUCAAUUAGAAGGUAGCUAUAUUAUUGACUUCUGCCAUCAUCGUGUGUCAUUUCCUGAUGGUGUCAUGUUUUCAGUGAGAUUUGGUACCUUGCACCACCCCAGAUUUCACCACAACCCGAUGAGAUUUCCAUAAAAGUACACCAUUGACACCUUCAUUGCCACAAAAAAAGAUGAGGGCUGAGACAAUGUUUAAAAGCUGUAAACCUAAAUAAUGAGUUGAGACUGUAUACAUUAAUGAAUUACAUUCUCCACUAAUUUCCUUUGUAUUUUCAUUCAAAUUAACAAAAGGUUUGAGAAACAUUGUUUUUAUUUUUACCAGGAUAAUGAUUGCAAUAGAAUAUUGGAAGAUCAAAACACUUUUGUAUUUACUAUCAAACUAUUUAGAGUGUAUAAUCUGUUAAUUAAAUAUGAUUUCAACUUACAGCGCAGUAAAAUGAAUUGUAAGGAGCUUGUAUACCCUGCCUUGGUUGAAGGUGGUAUUAUAUUGUGAAACCUGGAGGGUAUUUCAUAAAGCUGUUCAUAACUUAUGAAUGACAUUAUUAAUGACUGGUGACCAUUUCUUAUGCUGAAUGAUAUAUUGCUACCAUGCCUACGUAACUGACCUAGCACCUAAGAACAUGUUCCAGUUGUGCAUGAAGAAACUUUACAAACAGCUUUAUGAAACACUUGAUGUUCCACAAUUAUUACCCAAGCUUUAGCAUAGCUGUCAAUGAGGUGCUUUAGUAUAUCAAGGAAUAUAUUCCUGCCAGAUACCUACAAGUAUGUGUUAUAUCAAUGCUUUGCUAUGGGACCUUAGUGAUCUAGAUUCUGGACACAUAUCCACUUAACCACAUCUCUUUGUGUUUUACAGCUUGGUGUAGACAUGAGCUGAGGUAUUUAUAAGGCUCCCUUGAUUGGUUCAUACAUUUGCUAGUUAGCCCUCUUUCCAUGUAGUAUUUUCUGCAGGUUUCAUAAAAUACAGGUUAAACUACUCGAGAAUCAAUUCAAAUCAAUUGGGACCACAAAAUUAUGUUUGUGUAAGGUGAAAUAAUUUAGAAGAAGCAUAUAACAUGUUUGGUAUAACCUGGUCCAAAAAAUUGUUUAGACUUGGGUCAUUAUUCAACUUAAGGAAUGUAGACUUGACUAUAGUUGGAUGUGUGACCUUGUCCUCCAUUGAACUUGUGUUCUAAAGAGCGAGGCUAAGGUCAUUUACAUUGUAUUCCUAUGGUGAUCAUGAUCAAAAUUUUAAGUUGCCUAUAAUAAAAGCUCUUGACUUGCCAUUUGUUUCAUGAAACCAGGGCUUUGGGAGUUUCUAAUCUUGAGCAUCAUUAAAAUCUUAUUAUUAAUUCUUCUCUUUCCUCUCUUCUGAUAUAUUUUGAUUAAAUUAUCUGUUCUUUUCUUUACAAUUUACGAUGUAAUCUUGACCCACAUUGUGUAAAUAUUGCAAUAGAUUAUGUUUCACAAAUGAUAUUUGUUAUAGUUUCAGUUGUUUUAUUAUCUUUAAUACUAGUGGAAUUCUUUUCUUUUUACUUUUUGGGAUAUAUGUCAAUAUUUCAUGAUUUAUUAUCAUUUUAGUUGUAAUGUACAUGUAUAUGUAUAUCUAUGUCAGGUGCAAAUUCUGCUCGAUUAGACACAAUGGCUUGUAUGCUGUAGUCAGGUUUAAUUUUAACUCUGGUUUAAAGUUAUGGUUCAACUAUGAAUAGCCAAUAGUUCCAACAGGGCACAGGCCCUAAAAGUAGAGGUUCAAUGUAUCAGCUCAACUGACUAUCAAAGCAUUCUUAGUUCUUUGUGAAAGAUGAAUGAAAUAGUUGUUUUCUUCCUCACCAUCAAAGACUUAGGAAAGAGCACAGUAAAAAUAUACAGUGUAAACAAAGUUUUCAAAUUUUUGGCUUCCCAUAAUUUUAGCACAGUGUUAUACCAAGGUCUAGACUUCUGAAUAUGGGCCCAUGCCCCGUAUUCUCAAAAUACAUUUCAGCUGUACCAGGGUAAAAACCAUGGACAAAGCUUAUUUCAUCACGUACACUAAAAAAAAGUCCAAUUACAAAUUUACGCUUUUGGCAAAGGGCGCCUAAUUGCGGUAUAGCGCCCAAGUGCGUUAAUACAAGAAAUCUUUAUAGUACAUAGUUUUGUACUAUGGUGCAAUUAAAAACUUUUGAAAAUACAAACGAAUAGUUUUGAGGGGCUGACUAUUGUGCACAAACAAUAUUGCCCCAGACAUGGUAUUGCAACUGCAUCCAACCCACAAGCGGUAAACUGCCAAUUCGCCAUUUGCCAACUCGUCCACUCAUCACAUCGUCUACCUUCAUUCAGUCUAAUGCUAUUCCGUCCAUCAACAUUUCACCUAACAACCAGUUGGUCCAAUAAUCAUUUGGUCCAAUCAUCACUUCGUCUAAUCCCCAUUUCCUCUAUGACCAUUUCGUCUCAUAACUAGUUGGUCUAAUAUUCGUUUUAUUUUCAUUCAUUUUGUCCAAUUAACACUUAGUCCAAUUAGACCAAAUGGUAUAUGGACCAAAUGGCUAUUGGACUGACCGGUUAUCAGACAAAAUGGUGAGUGGACGAAAUGGCAAUUAGACGAUGUGGAUAUUGGAAGAACUUAUGGUAGACCAAAUGAUAGUAGACGAGUUGGUAAUUGGAUGAAUUGGCAUUGGACCAAAUGAAAAUAAACCCCCAAAGGCACAUACUACAUAAUAAUUGCCAAUUAGACAAUUUAGACAACUUGUAAAUUGAUGUAUAUAUAUUUUUUAUUACUCUUGAAGUCUAUUAAUUGGAUCUAUGAAAAUAAAUAUCUGUACAAUUGUACAUAUAAACAUGAUAAUAUGUUUGCAUUGGUGUCUGUGCUGUAACAUUUACAGUUAAACUUAAAUGUACACAUUCUUACAACACAACACGAGAAAUCACUUUCAUUUACAACGUUGAUCUUUAGAAGGGUUCACCCUGAGGUCAAGUUAGUUUGAAUUAAAGAUGAAAAUGAAAGAAACAUACUAAUGAAGGUGUGGGGGAAAUCCAUUGACAAAUUACAGAGAUGUGAAUUCCAAGGUUGUAAGUUCAGGACAUCACAUACAGCUCCCCUUUUGUCAUGUGAUAUGAAUUCCAUAAAUUGAUACUGCAUAGUUCAUGUUGAUUAAAUAUGUUUAAUAGAGCAUAUGAAAUAAUUUGCCUAAUUUUAGAUUGAAGGCACCAAUCAAGUUAAUUUGAAUUCCAGACAAAAUUGUCACUGUAUGUAUGGAAUUUAUAAAUGGCACAAUGGGGAUGAUGUUUGUAUGUGACAACACAAAAUUUUCAAACCCAUUACCGUUACUCUUUGACAGAGUUUUAUUAAACCUUCAUUAAUAUGCUUCUCUCGUUUUUUUCCUUUUCUUAAAACCAACCUGCCUAAGGUUGGGUUUUCUGAAUGGUAAAAUAUCACAAUGAAUGAAUAGUAUUCUCUUUAUUACAACAGACUCCCAGUAGAUUAGGAUUUUGAAGGCAUGUAGUCACAUAGGAAUAGUGGGCUGUUUUAUAAAGAUAUUUCCAAGUUAAACAUGACUUUAAAGCACCACUGGUGACCCUUUCUUGAGCUACAUGAUAUACCCCAAAUGUUCUUUGCUUUGAAAGAAUUGGAGCACAUGUCUCAUAAAACUGAUUUCAGAUGAUUGUGAAUCUGAUUUAACACCCAAGAAAGGAUCGACAGUCAUGCCUCAAGUCAUGUAUAACUUACAAGUGGCCUAAUGAAACACCACACUGUUUAAACCACAGUUUGAAUCUUGUUGGCUAUAGGUCGCCAAAUCCAACUGUUCCCAUCUAUACACUAUGUUUCUAACGUUCACUGGACCUUUAACCUUGAGAAUGUUUUCUUAGGUUUUAUCUCAGCAAUUUCAAAUUUCUAGGCUGUUCGUAUUUUGAAAUCACAUUGGUACACAAAAUAAAUGAUUGCGAAAUUUCAA